AUGUCGCGACCAAACUACACUCGACCAACCGUGAGCGCGCUGCUCAAGGAUAAGUCUUCUCGAGCGACGCCUGUCAAGCUCGGCACUACUGGGUCCAGACGUGAGAGCGUAGCCUACAAGGCCAACUUCGGAAUCACCAGUGACUUGACGAUAGCGGCCCUCGUGAAGAUGAGGAAGAAGUGUACGAGUUGCGAGCGUAUGUUACCGCUUGUGCAGUUUCCCAAGCACCCUCAGGAUAGCAAGUGUACCCACAACCGUGAGACCUGCAGGCGUUGUUGGCAUCAAUGGGUCGAGGUACAGGUGAACAGCAAGAGGUUCGACCAGGUGAAGUGCGCGCAGUGCGACAAUGCACUGGAUCAACAUGAGAUCAAAGCUCUUGCCACACCGGCUGUCUUUGAUCGGUGA